AUGUCCUCACAUGAAGAUGGUGAAAUUCAUCAAGAAAAUAAGACGGAAGAAGGAGGAGCAUCCGAUCGUUCCUUCUCGACUUUACCUUCCGAGGUCGAACCACCAACAAAGAAGAUGAAAGAUGAAGAAUCUUCAUCAACGGAAGAAACUUCUUCUACUACAGACACCAAUAGCAGCUCUACAUCAUCUGCAAUGCCAACCAAAUGCAAGGCUUCUACUUGUCCUUUCUUUGGAAAUCCAAAAACGGAAGGCUACUGCUCGGUUUGCUAUAAACAAAUUGUACUCAAACAAACCAUAUCAAUUCCGACCACUGCACCCCAAAGAGACAGUAGGCGAGAAAAAGAUCCUUUUCAAGAAGCAAUUCAGAAGGGUGAUUUAGAGCGAGUAAAAACAAUGAUUUUGGAAGACAAAAGAAGUGUUAAUGAAGAGUUCUUUGUGUAUGGUGAUGAAGAUUUGGGGCCUUGGACGCCACUCGGUAUUGCUUGUUUUUGUGGUCAUACAGAUAUUGUGUUGUUUUUAUUGAGUCAGCCUGGGAUUGAUGUCAAUAAGAGAAUGUAUGGCGAUACAUAUCCAAUCAACUCGUGCAUGCAAAAUCAUAGAAUUGAGACAGCCAAGAAAUUCAUUGAGGAGUGUAAAAAACGAAACAUGUUCCUAGAUUUACAUAAGAAAGGAUAUUUGAGGUGCACGCCCUUGGAAAUGUGCUGCUAUGAAGCUAUUUGUAAGAAUAAUGCACAAGAGCAAGAGUCAUUUGUGGAAAUGGUGUUAUAUCUUGUGAAGGAAGGUGCUGAACCUAUCAUUGAUUCCCAUCAUUUUAGUGCCAACAUGAUGAUAGAAAUCUUAGAUAGAGCUUUGCAACUACUUUAG